AUGCAGUGCAAGUACCUGAACAUGAAGCUCCACUGUGUGAUCCUGGGCGCUCUCCUUCUCCUGCUGCUGGGGGGCUGUGGCAGCACACUCAAGACCUCUGCCAUCGACCUGAGGACCUUCAUUGGCUGUGCCGUGCGAGAAUUCACCUUCCUGGCCAAGAAACCCGGGUGCCGGGGGCUGCGGGUGACCACGGACGCGUGCUGGGGGCGCUGCGAGACCUGGGAGAAACCGAUCCUGGAGCCGCCUUACAUCGAGUCCCACCACCGGAUCUGCACCUACAACGAGACCAAGAUGGUGACGGUGAAGCUGCCCAAGUGUGCCCCUGACGUGGAUCCCUUCUACACCUACCCCGUGGCCAUCCGGUGUGACUGUGACAUCUGCUCCACCGCCACCACCGAGUGUGAGACUUACUGA